AUGUUCACUCUGGAGUACCUGCAGGACCACAGGGACAGGAGACCUGCACGCCUUCAGGUGAACCCUCAGUGCAUCAUGGGAAUCCCCCAGCAGCCUAUUGCAGCACAACUGUCUCCUGAAUCCAAGUCCAAAGAACUCAGGACCUCUGAGCUGCAGCACCAUGCCAUUAUGGGCUGUGUCACACCGGAGCAUGUCUGGGGGAGGGGCUUCAGUUCUCAGGCUCAGACGGUGCUGCUCGGUGUUCGACGGAAAACCACCAUCCUCGGCACAGUCAACAAGAGUCGCAGGGAAAUUCCUCAAUCCGCUAGACAGACAGGUCGCAAUGAAUUCACCACUCAAGUGUUUUCAACCUCUGCUGCCACGCUGACAGUGUAUGCGGCCAAACGGAAGAAGACAGUCUAUAUUCUUAGCAGCAUGCCCAGCGUGGUUCAGACUGAUAACACCACCAAAAGGAAGCCAAACACUGUCACCCUUUACAACACCACAAAGUGUGGCGUGGAUGUGAUGGACCAGAUGGUGCGGGAGUACACUGUCCGCAGAGGAACACUGCGCUGGCCAGUUGCCGUGUUCUAUAACAUGAUUGACAUGGCAGCACUGAAUGCACAUGUGCUGUAUCAAGCAUGCACCGGGACGAAGGAAAGACGGGUGGACUUCCUGGUGGAGCUUGCAAGAGAGUUGGCUCACUCUCAUGUAGCUGAGAAGAAGCCUUGUGUUGUUGUUGAUUGUGGCACACGUAAUGCAGCUGGGCUGGCAUCUGAGAUUGGCACAGCUGUGGCUGUUUUUAACACAUGCCUUGAUGACCUGAUGCUUCACAUCAGAAAUCUACAGAAGUCUUUAGAUGCACAAUGGUAUGCUGUUAGCAGCAUUUCUGUGCAGGCAGGUCAAGCUGAUGUUGACGUGGGGAGUAGUGCAGUGUUUGUGGACAGGGAUGUUGACACCAAUCUUACAGCUAAACUUGAUAACACUUCUAGUGUGAGAGGAUCAUUUCACCAGGCUGAUGAUCGAUUUAAAUAUGGAGGAGUUCAGAGUAUGGCUAUAGGUCUGGUUAGCCUGGCAAAACAUAAAGUUGAUAGCGUCUUUUCAUGGGAGACAAAAGAUCUUGUCAGAGUUGCAGUUUUAGGUGACCUUUUGUACACCAAUUUGAGAGACUGCAACAUGAUAAGCAACUCAUCCAGUGUGUUGUGUGUCCCUGAUUUGCCUAAACAUUAUUGUAUUGAUGGGCAAAACUUUGAGUUUGAGUAUAGAGAUUUUGUCAGUGGGGAUGUUGAUGUGCUUGAAGGGGAACUCAUUGAGAAUGGCGUCUACACUACCCUGCAGACUGGGCUGCAAUAGAUCUGUGCCAUGUAUAAUACAUGUCUUUUGACAUUGUGUGGCAGUACAUGUGCAGUCAUUUCUGAGAAUGGACAAUAUGCACUAGUUGAUUCUCAUGCACUCAGUGAGCAGGGAAGAAGUGUUGUUUUGUGCUUCAGGUCACUUGAAGAUGUGUUCAGACACAUCUGCCAGCUGGCAACUGGCCUGAGUCAGAAGCAAAAGCCUUUUGAAGUAGCUGGUGUUUGUGUUGGGUACCUUGUGGUGUCCGAAAGUGCCACACCCAAAGACAGUUGCUCCCGCCACACACCUGCAUCUCGUCAGGCUCUGAUUGCGGGUUGGACUCUUAAGGCUGGGAUGCAGACAGCCUCACCGCUGGAUGAUUAUGCUAGACACCAAUCCAUGCCUUUGUUACUUCUAGGCUGGAUUAUUGUAACGCACUUUAUUUUGGGGUUAGUGAUGCGUCCAUUAGGCGCCUGCAGGUUGUGCAAAAUGCUGCAGCACGUCUUUUAACUGGAACAAAAAAGUCUGAGCACAUUACCCCAAUUUUAAUUUCACUCCACUGGC